CCAUUGGCCAGGCUGUCCCUCCCACUGGCCUUAGGGCCCCUCCCACCCCCACUCCAGAUAAGGCCAGCCCAGGACUGCUUCACUGGGCAAUAGGCACUAGGGCUGGAAUGGGGCCGCCGGGCUCCCCAUGGCAGUGGGGGCUGCUGCUGCUGGGGCUGCUGCUCCCCCCUGCCACCCCUUUCUGGCUUUUCAAUGUGCUGUUCCCCCCGCACACCACGCCCAAGGCUGAGCUCAAUAACCACACACGGCCCGUCAUCCUCGUGCCUGGCUGCCUGGGGAAUCAGCUGGAAGCCAAGCUGGAUAAACCAGAUGUGGUGAACUGGAUGUGCUACCGCAAGACAGAGGAUUUCUUCACCAUCUGGCUGGAUCUCAAUAUGUUCCUACCCCUUGGGGUGGACUGCUGGAUUGAUAAUACCAGGGUUGUCUACAACCGCAGCUCUGGGCGCGUGUCCAAUGCCCCUGGUGUACAGAUCCGUGUCCCCGGCUUCGGGAAGACCUACUCUGUUGAGUACCUGGACAACAACAAGCUGGCAGGUGUGUUUACUGGGGAAAGGGUGGGCUGCGGCCAUGGCCAGCCCACAGGAGCCGUGACCAGAGCCUCCAAUGCCACUGCCUUCCCCACAGGUUACAUGCACACGCUGGUGCAAAAUCUGGUCAACAAUGGGUAUGUGCGGGAUGAGACGGUACGCGCUGCCCCCUACGACUGGCGGCUGGAGCCCAGCCAGCAGGAGGAAUACUACCGGAAGCUCGCCGGGCUGGUGGAGGAGAUGCACGCUGCCUAUGGGAAGCCUGUCUUCCUCAUUGGUCACAGCCUUGGUUGCCUGCACUUGCUCUAUUUCUUGCUGCGCCAGCCCCAGGCCUGGAAGGACCGCUUCAUCGAUGGAUUCAUCUCUCUUGGGGCUCCCUGGGGGGGCUCCAUCAAGCCCAUGCUGGUCUUGGCCUCAGGUGACAACCAGGGCAUCCCAAUCAUGUCCAGCAUCAAGCUGAGAGAGGAACAGCGUAUAACAACGACUUCCCCCUGGAUGUUUCCCUCUAGCGAGGCAUGGCCUGAAGACCAUGUGUUCAUUUCCACACCCAGAGUCAACUACACAGGCCAUGACUUCCAGCGCUUCUUUGCAGACGUGCACUUUGAGGAAGGCUGGUACAUGUGGCUCCAGUCACGUGACCUACUGGCAGGCCUCCCAGCACCUGGCGUGGAAGUAUACUGUCUAUAUGGCGUGGGCCUGCCCACACCCCGCACCUACAUCUUUGACCACGGCUUUCCCUACACAGACCCUGUAGGGAUACUCUAUGAAGAUGGUGAUGACACUGUGGCCACACGCAGCACUGAGCUGUGUGCCCGCUGGCAGAGCCGCCAGCCCCAGCCUGUGCACCUGCUGCCUCUGCACGGGACACAGCACCUCAACAUGGUCUUCAGUAACCAGACUUUGGAGCACAUCAAUGCCAUCCUACUGGGUACCUACCGACGUAGCACCCCUGUGCCCCCAGCUGCCAGCCCAGGGCCUCCGCCCCCCAAAUAAAGACCUUCUUUUGCUCUCUGA